AUGGGGAAAUUAAAGGCUUGGGGUUGUUGUGAAGUAAUUCAGAAAGUUGGGGAAUUGGAUAUUAAAUUGGAUGCUUUAUGGCAAGCAAUGGUUUAUUGUUUUUUGAAGGAAAAUGGGAAGGAGAAAAAAUCAAAAAAGAAACAGCAACACCUUCUAGUCCCUUUUUCAAUUGGAAAGCUUUAUGUUGGCCCAAGAUUGUUAACGAAUGAGUUGGAAGAUGAAACGGCUUUAAGAAUGCAUUUUUCAAUUAAACUGGAUGAAGGAAUGGCAAGGGGAAAUUUUUGGAUUGAAGAAAAAGGAAGGAAUAAUAGAGAAGAGAUUUUGAUGUUUGGAGAAGAUUUGCUUUUUAGAAAGCUGGAUAUUGGGGAAAUAGAUAAGAUUGAAAUGAAAAUUGAUAAUAAUUUUGAUUCUGAUGUAAGUUAA